UCCUCUUGUCCCUCAGAGCUCAGAGGAGGAGGCGCCCCACUCCUGAGGGGGUCCGGAGCCGACCCACGGUGGAAACAUGUGCCACAGGGCGGACGACGUGUCUCUGGGAGACCGCAUAAGGAUGUCCUUCAGCACGGGGCCGGCGCUGAGCAGCUCCGCUCCGGGCGCUCCGGGCUCCGGGAGGUCCGGCCGGAAAGUUGCGGGCUGUGAGAAGUGCUCCGCGGCUCUUGUUGCUCUGAAGAAGCAGGCUCUGAGUCUGGCUGUGCACCAUCACUUCUCCUGCAAGGAAACCGGCGACCUGUCAGCCUUUCUUCAUGAGAACCUUCGUGUCCACAGUCGUCUCAACACAGAGUCCAAGGACAGAGAAAGGGAGCCUGGUCUGUGUGGGUCUUGUGGCAGCAACCCAAAYCAGCUGAAGCAGGAGGCCAUCCAACUGGCUCUGAGUCGCAGUCACUCAUUUGCUAAACCUCUGUUUGAAGCCAGCCGUAGUGCCGGAACCUUGCUGGGACAAAGUGAAAUGAAGCAUGGAGACAGAGUCUCAGGGGACGUUGGAUAUCAACCUCGUAGUCAAACAUACAGUCUUCAAGUCCCACAGAGCCCCAGGACACCCCAGAGGACUCCUCAAACCCUCAGACGAAGAGGGCCCAAGCCCCCCAACCCUGAUAUGGACCGCUGGGUGGAGGAGCAGCAGCAGCUGGUGGCCUCCAAAUCUGUGUCCAAUGCAGAUGGUGUUAACCUGAAUUCUUACCAUAAGGCUGCAGAUGGUGCCACACUGAGCUGCAGAGACACUGGGACUGUCCAGACGAGCUCCAAGAUCCCUCACAUCUUCAGGGCAGUGACUGUUGCUAACACCACCGCUAUGUCUCUACUGGCCAGGGUCAAAGUCGUGCUGAGGGUGAGCCGACUGCUGUCAGAGAGCCAAGGCCAACCACCUGUUCUCCGGAUCGACCCAUCCAAGAGAAGAGUCACCAUAAUGGAACCUGCCACCAAAAACCUWCCUCGCUCCACACUGACCCUGGGAAGGGAAAGCAAAAGUCUGCUGAAGACCUUCAACUUUGAUGCAGCCUAUUCUCAAGAUUCAGGCCAGGCCGAGGUGUGCGCAGGCAUCCUGUCUGAUGUCAUCCGCUGUGUCCUCAGUGGCAGGGAUGGAUGUAUUUUGGGUUUGGGAUGUGCUGAUGUAGGGUCCUGGUCCAGCAUGGUGGGCAGCAGUGAGAACAUCCAGAAGCUCGGCCUGAUUCCCUGUGCCAUCUCUUGGUUGUAUAGCGCUAUUGAGCGGCGCCGAGAGAGGACCUGGACUGAUCUGACCGUGUCAGUGUCCGCCAUAGAGCUGUGCUGUGGUGAGGAGGAUACUUUGAGGGAUCUGCUGGGGGAAGUYGGCCCCUCGACAGGCAGCGCCCAGGACAGCCCAAAAGCCCAUGUUAGAGUGCAAGAGGACUCUGUCUAUGGGAUACAGAUACGUAACCAUAACCGAGUGAAGGCCCCCACGGCUGAGCGGGCAGCCUCUCUGUUGGACGCAGCCAUCGCAGCUCGUAGACACACAGACUUCGUUACGUACUUGUGUCACAGCUCUAUAAUGUUUUUCACACUUUACAUCCAGCCGCCUCGGACAGAAAGCAAUACUAUUGGAAAAGGUUCAAGAGGGACCACUAAGUUGACUAUGAUAGAUGUGUGUAGUGGUAUGAGGGGUGUAAACAAAAAUAAACCCCCUCAUUCUGAACUGGGCCCCAUUGUCUUGUCUCUUCUGAGUGGACAUAAAUCCAUCCCUAGCAAGGCCAGUAAAUUGUCGCUGCUCCUUCGGGAAUCUGUGGCUCAUUCAAACUGCCACRUUGCUGUGAUCGCUCAGGUUGCCGACUCACUGGCGCAGCUUAACGAGAGCUUCUCUACCAUCCAGCUGGCUUCCCGCAUUCGCAGGACACAAAAGAGGACAAAGCAAUCUGCAUCAUGCUCUCCUUGUGGGAGGAGUUUAACUAAAGAGAAAAGAGGGCCUCAGUCUUUGUCUCUACGAGCAUUUCACUCCACAGAAGAGGUAGAUGUGGAUUUUCGUCCUUUUUGCCUGCGUGGUCAAAUGGAUCGUUCCAGUAGUGAUCAGUCCUGUGACACUGUCAUCCAAAUUAAUUCAGAUGGUUCAGUCCAUUCUAAAGGAGCCCCGGUGCUGACACAACCCAGAUUUCUACCUAUCAUACCUUCUCUGCAUCCCAGUAAAGCUGACUUGGAUGAUCCAGAGUUUACAGCUCUUCUAGAAGAGCUUCUAAGAAUUCCUCAACUUCCUGGAGAAAAAAAGACAGAUGACUCCGUGCAGGGGGACGUUGAAACUCUGAAAGCAGAACAAAAACAGCCAGAGCGAGAUUGUCUCAAAUGUGACACAUUUGCUGAACUUCAAGAACGAUUAGGUUGUAUAGAUGGGAGUGAGAUGACAGUGGAUGUGCUGAAAUCUUCUUUAAAAGGUGCUUCUCUUAAGAAUAAUUUAACCAAACCACAGCAUCAAAAAGAAGCUUCCAAAGCUCAACAAACGGUGAACAUGGGGAUGGGUUGCAGUCAGAUCUGUGUGGGAGAAAAGCAAACCGAUGGUGCAUACCCCGGAGAUAGUAUCCAGAGAGAGGAUUCUGGUCUGUUUGACUGUGAGGAAUGUAGUGCWACUAGUUCCAGCGAGGAAUUGCUGAAUCAAGCUCUAGGACUUAGAACCUGCCGUUCUGAUCUUCCCGACUCUAGACCUGUCAAGUCAGGUAAUAAUAGUUUCCCCUCCAAGCACUUUUCUGCAAACUCUCAGGGAAAGACAGCCACUAGCUCCUCUGCCCUUCAACCUUCAGAAAAACAAGAGAGUCAUGAAGCUUCUAAUUGGCUCAAACCAGACAAAAGAGCUUCCCCAGUGGGCAAAAGCUCCCCCAUAUCUCCUUCACCCACUUGUUCCUCUUCACAGUCCUUGGGUAAAAGUGCCAUAAUUGGAGAUGUCUUACCUAACUGCACCACAGAGGAUAUUAAGGAAAUGAAGGCCACUAUCACAGUGACUGUUCAACAACCACUGGAUCAAACAGGUCAAGACGAACUUGUCUUCUCUAUGGUUGAGGAGGUGACUAUCAGUGGAGCGUAUGACAGAGGGAACACAAGUGGGAACAUUAUUUGCAUCCGAGAGCCUGCACAGCCGCAAGCACAUGGCAAAAGCUCUGCUUGCUCUCAACCGAUCAGGAUUAUCAGUGACGUCAGUGAUGACUCCUCAGCUGCAGCUUCUUCUGUUGUUCAGCCUGUAGGCACAGGUGCCAACAUUGAAAAGAGCCUAAAUAAAUUAAAAGGAGAAAAAGGACUCCUCCCUUCAUUUAUAAAUCCCAUGCUGUUUAAUACAGAUAUGGACUGUGAUUUGGAUGGUGCUAAAGAAAAGGAGACUCCUCAGGAAAAAGGAAAAAGCGUGAAGUCAGAGCUUGAGCUUAAAAGAAAAACUGUCAAAUGUCCAGAAAAGCAAAAUGAAACUUUGGAUUCUGAGUCACACCAUGCUAAAAAGUCAUUUAAGGCAUAUUAUUCAUCUUCUGAUCAAGAUUCUUCUGAAACCGAAGUCUUUAAAGAUAAGGGAUACUGCAAAAAGCCCGGAGAAAACAAAAUGUGUGAAAAGAGAAGGGAAAAUACAGACAAAGGCCACCCUAGAGACUGUGAGCAUGUUUGYACCUCUAACAAUCAAAAGAUCUCAGAGGGGGGAAACAUUGCUUGCAGACAUGUUGGAAACAUCCCUCAGAGAACUGGCACUCCACCUGGUUGCCAAGAAAUCAACCCUGCUUCUUGUGAAACAAGCAAUUUGUCAAGAGGUUGUCAAACCCCCAACCAACAAGGCAACCACUCAAGGGAGGUGACAUCAUCUAACCCAUGGAGCCCAGGGGAGACUCUGGAGAGGAGGCGAGACAGACAGCAGCUGCCUGCACACCACAAUGUUUAUACCUCAUCUUCUUCUCCAAAACUCGCAACAAAAUUCAAAGGUGAUUCUAGCAGCUCUCUAACGAAGGCCUCAGUAUCGGCACUGGCAGCAAAUACAACAGGAAAACAUGACAGUAUAAGCACCAGGCUAAAAUCCCCCACUCAGAACAGUAGCAGRCUUUUCACUACCAAAUUAGAGCAGCUGGCUUGUAGAACUAACUCCCUCGGAAGGACCCCAAGGGACUUCCCUACUCUGGAAAGAGGCAGUAGCAACACCUCCAUGAGCUCUAAGGGAAGCUCCAAAGGAAGCACUGAAGCUGGCUGUAAAGCUAGUUAUAAAGGAAGUUAUGUGGGAGAUUGUACCUUUCCAAGGACCAACAGGAGUCCCAGAAGAAAUCCUCACUCUGACCAUCAUGUCUUUCAUUCUGAAAACUCCGUACCUCAGUCUGGUAAGAACACCCAUUCAAAGCUUUCUGCUGUGGGAAAACUCAAGACAGGAAGUCCCAAAGUUCGUCGACUAUCGUCUUCCAGCAUAAAAAACCUCAGCCAGUUUAACAAAAGCCUGCAACAGUCCCGUAGUGCCAGUCUUUCGCCCGAUUGCAAAACAGUUAGCUUUGAGCGGACCUCCUCCUUCUUUUCCUCUUCCCCUCCUCGAUCUUAUYGCUCCAUUAGCCGGACUCCGAGUCAGAGCUCCACAAGCUCCUCUACAAAGUCUGCCAUUCAGGGCUUUGUCAAUGGGWGUUUUUCAGACCUCCUUAGGGCAAGAUCCUUUAGCCCAACCUCGGCAGGACUGGAUCAAAUGACCCCUCUCCCCUCCCCAUACAGCCAGGUGACCUCUCCUCGUAUGGCCGACGACCUGAACGGACACACCAGUGACACCACCAGUAUUCUGAGUGGAGAUUUGCCUCCAGCCAUGGGGAAGACAUCCCUGCAUUUCUCUAACAGGAGCAGCAUGGUGAGCAGUGGCUACGGCAGCAUGGUGAGGGACAGUGAAGCCACUGGCAGCAGCUUGUCCAACCGAGAAUCCGUCAGUGACCGGAGUGGCUUGCUCCUCAACRUGACUCGCAGCAGCCGAUCAUCCCGCAGGAGAGGGAAUGCAGGUUCUAACCAGCGUCGUCUUUCCCACGAUGCCCCUGUGUCGGUGAAACGCUCGGCCAGCGGUCAGCGGUCUCGCUGGAUGGAUCUGGAAAUUCCGGAGUCCUAUGACAUUAAGGUGUAUGAGAUCGACAACAUGAAGAGGAUGCAGAAAAGAGCAGGGCCCUGUAUCCUUCAGCGCCAAGCUGCAGUUUUUGGAUCAGCAUCAGCAGAAAACCUCAGAGGUCUGAGUCAAAUGCAACAAGCAGWGGAGAGAGGUGGAGCAGGUCAAACACAGCCUCAUACUGGAGCAUGCCAAGUGGAUCCAAGAGUUCGACCUGUGGCAAACUUUCGAGGUGGACUCCCUGGAGCACCUGGAGGCCACUGAGGAGGUGAAUGCUCAGCUGGAGAACAGUGUUAUCACGAUGGUCACCUAAUUUGAUCCUUCCACCAGGCGGCAGAGCAAGAGGAGAAGACAUAUUGAGCAAAAUGCCUUGAAACUAUUUUAAGAUAAAUAUUCAGUAGUCAAUGAAAGAUUUGGUUAAUCCUUUUCUUUUUGAUGUACAGUUUGUUUUUUGUGUCAUAAUAGGGUGAAUAAUUUCAAAUGUGUUUUUGUGUUUUUCAAAUGUGGUUUUAGAUUAGCCAAGUGAAUAAUGUGUGUUUUUUAGCUUUAAAAAGUCUUAUUAAACAUCAAUAACACAUGCACAAGUUUAUUAGCUGAUUUUCAAACAUCCCAACUUGCCCACAAUUAUGUUUCAGCAUCGUGCAAAAAAGUUAAAGCCAUCACUUCAACUGACUGCAGCAUCAAAUGCUAAYGAGUCAGGCAUAGCUAGUGAUAUUUUACUCUUUUUAUUUUCCUGUAAAUCAUGUGCUGAAUAUGAAAACAUUAAGGCUGUGCUGUAAGAUGAUAAAGCAGCGACGCAGUCUGUGUUUUUAAAUUCAGAUUUUCCAGAAUGUCUCCCUUUGGAAAACAGCACAGACAAUAAAAAUACCCUCCAUAAUGGCUGCUGCAUGGGUGUACUCCUGACCUGAGUGAGGAUGUUUUACACCUUUUUUAAAUUUUAUCUUAUACAUUUAUCUCUACAUUUCCACCACCUGAAUAUCCACCUUUUUCACUACUCUGGAUAGUUUUAAAAUAAAGAAUUCUCUACUGCGUUUGCAUCUCCUGUCGACACAGAAGCAAAGAUUUUUGGAGAAUGGAUUUUUAAAAAUGAAAUCCAAAGUGGAGCUUUUUUUWAAAAAAUUGUUUUUAAAUUUAAUUAAGUCAGUUUUUCCUCUACUAGCAUACACUCAAGAUUAGGGCUGGGCCAUCCAGAAAAAAAACAAACAAAAACAAAACAAACAAACAAAAAGAUCAUAAUGUUUUUCCCAUCAAUCAAUCUCGAUUAUUAUCACAAAAAUUUUAUUAACCUAAAAAGUGUGUAAUUAUAAAGUAACUGAAAAACAAGUUAAAUAAAUAGCUGCAGAAAUAAAAAAUGGC